AUGCCUUGUAGGCCCAUGAGUCCUAAACCACGGAGUCCACGCUCUGCUUCUCAACACAAGAGCUUCCGCUACCCUGGAAGAAUAUAUGCUGCUUCAAUGAUCUCUCUCAGGAACAGCUUUGCAGUUGAAGGCCAUUUGGAGGCUCCUGAGAGACCAAAAACGCUGAAACCCAGAGGUAGUCUCUUACUUUCUGUACACUCACUGAACAAUGAAUACCAGAGGGAUGACAGUGGCAUAAGCAGUCAAUCUCAGAUCAGCUUAAACACAGCUUCUUCCACUAGUGACAUGGUCCAAGAUGAGGAGUCUAAACAGCAAUGUCAAACGCCACCUGAAAAGAGGCCAAAUGAGAAAUGGGUUCCCCAUCGCAAAAGGAGGCCUCCCCAGGUUCCAUCAUCCCCAUGCCCUAUAUCCACCUUUGAGAGCAAAGCCUGGAGGCUUUCCUUCCUUGCACCAGAUGAAAAAGCCAAGGAGAUUCCAGAGAGGAGGAGGAAGAGACCUAAACCUCUCUAUAAGUGCUUCAGCUUCGAUGAUGUUUGGAUGGAGAGGAACCAAAAAAGAAAGCUAGAGAAGGAGACACAGCCAGAGAAAGGGAUUCAGUUGCGACACGUCCCAGAGGACCAGUUAAAAGCUGGAAUAAGUCCAUCCAUCACAUCUGAUGCCUUUGACAUCCUACCACUGAAACUGCAUCCUUUUUCCCAGAGCACUCCAACAGGCUUAGACUGCAUGGGCUGGAAACGACACAUAUCCUCUUCUGUGAUUGCUGAUGGGGCUUUGGAUAAGACAGCUCUAACAGACGAUGUGGGAAGUGAAGAGGACCUGUAUGAGGACUUCCGAAGUUCCAGCCACCGCUAUGGCCAUGCUGGGGGAGGCGGAGAGCAGCUUGCUAUCAAUGAGCUCAUCAGUGAUGGCAGUGUGGUGUAUGCAGAAGCCCUCUGGGACCACGUCACAAUGGAUGACCAAGAGCUGGGAUUCAAGGCUGGCGAAGUCAUUGAAGUAAUGGAUGCUACCAACAAGGAGUGGUGGUGGGGAAGGAUUCUGGAUAGUGAAGGCUGGUUUCCAGCCAGCUUUGUACGGCUGAGAGUAAACCAGGAUGAACCCAUGGAAGACUAUCCAUUGAAGGUUGAGGGUGGCAAAGAAGACGAGUCCAGCAGUGGCACCCGCCGCUUUGGGAUGGGUCAGACCACGAAAGACCAAAUGAGGACCAACGUCAUCAACGAGAUCCUAAGCACGGAGAGAGACUACAUCAAGCAUCUGAAGGACAUUUGUGAGGGUUACAUUAAGCAGUGCCGCAAAAGAGCAGACAUGUUUACAGAAGAACAGCUGAAGACAAUCUUUGGGAAUAUUGAGGACAUCUACAGGUGCCAGAAGAAAUUUGUUAAAGCACUAGAGAAGAAAUUCAACAAAGACCACCCACAUUUGAGUGAGGUUGGCUCGUGCUUCUUGGAAUAUCAAACCGAGUUUCAGAUCUACUCUGAGUACUGCAACAACCACCCCAACGCCUGCAUGGAGCUAUCCCGCCUCACCAAAGUCAACAAGUACGUCUACUUCUUUGAAGCCUGCCGCCUGCUGCAGAAGAUGAUCGACAUCUCUCUGGAUGGGUUCCUGCUGACUCCCGUGCAAAAGAUCUGCAAAUACCCCCUGCAACUGGCUGAGCUGCUCAAAUACACCAACCCCCAACACAGGGAUUUUAAAGAUGUUGAAGCUGCCUUAAAUGCCAUGAAGAACGUUGCUCGGCUCAUCAACGAGAGAAAGCGGCGGCUGGAGAACAUUGACAAAAUUGCUCAGUGGCAGAGUUCCAUAGAAGACUGGGAGGGUGAAGAUGUUCUAGUCAGAAGUUCAGAACUCAUCUAUUCUGGGGAAUUAACCAAAAUCUCCCACCCUCAAGCCAAGAGCCAACAGAGGAUGUUCUUCCUCUUCGAUCACCAGCUUGUCUGCUGCAAGAAGGACCUCUUGCGCCGGGACAUCUUGUACUACAAGAGCCGCAUCAACAUGGAUGAUAUGGAAAUACUGGAUGUCGAAGAUGGGAAGGACAAGGACUUCAACAUCAGUGUGAAAAAUGCAUUUAAGUUACACUGCCGAGACACUGAGGAAGUCCACUUGUUCUGUGCAAAAAAACCUGAGCACAAACAGCGCUGGCUGAAGGCAUUUGAGAAUGAAAGGAGACAGGUUCAGCUAGACCAGGAGACAGGUUUUUCAAUCACAGAGGUGCAGAAAAAGCAGGCAAUGCUGAAUGCCAGCAAGCAGCACCAGACUGGGAAACCUAAGGCUGUCACCAGGCCAUACUAUGAUUUUCUGAUGCGUCAGAAGCAUCCCACCCUGCCUACUACACUCCCUCAGCAGCAAGUCUUCAUGCUGGCAGAGCCCAAGCGCAAGCCCUCGAACUUCUGGCAGAACAUCAGCAGGCUGACACCCUUCCGGAAAUAA